AUGCAAACACCUGACUUGAAGAAAAAAAAACCUUAGGUUGCAAAGAUCAGUCUUUAAUCAGAACAAGCUUAACCUGUACUAAAUCUCUCUGAGAAUGGAUCUCUGAUUCUAAAAGAAUUUCGUUUAAAUGGCCAAGGGCUCAAAGUUACUCACACACAUGAUUAAUGGGACUUUUCACUCUCUGAAUCCACUCAUAAUUUAUCACUUGAAAAUUUAGUAACAGUUGGACAAUUAGGUCAGGGGGCAUCAGGUCAGGUAGAAAAAGUGUAAGAUUAGGUGACAGGAUAAUAUUUUGCAAUGAAAAAAAUUCCUGUGGCUUCAGAUCCACAAUAUUUGAAGCAACUCUCUGAUGAAUUGAAACUCGCUUUAGAAUGUAGUUCACCUUAUGUUGUCAAAUGCUACGGAGCAUUUUAUAAAUCUGGAACCUUGCACAUCAUUUUAGAGUAUAUGGAUGUCGGCUCUAUAGACUCCUUAAUAAAGAAAGUUAAAAAUCUGAAUGAACCUGUUAUGGCCUUGCUUUUAUAUCAGAUCCUGCUAGGAAUCGAUUAUUUGCAUAAUAAAAAGAAAAUCAUUCAUAGAGACAUUAAACCAUAAAACAUAUUAGUAAAUAAGAAAGGGGAAAUCAAGAUCACUGAUUUCGGUAUCUCAGGUACAAUAGAAACAAUGCAAUAAAGAAAGACUUACGUUGGAACUGCAGUUUAUAUGUCCCCUGAAAGAUUGAAUGGAGAAAUGUAUGGAAGAGAUUCUGAUAUCUGGUCAAUUGGUAUUUUAACAGCUGAAUGCUUGAUGGGAAAACAUCCUAUUUAGAAAACCUAGUUUAUUGAUAUGGUUAAUGAAAUUAGUUCAUUUAAUAUUGAAAGCGUUCAAGCAAAGAUUUCUGCGGAAAUGAAAAACUUCAUAUCUAUGUGUGUGAAAUUGAAACCUGAAGAGAGAGCAACAGUUGAUUAAUUAUUAAAUCAUAAAAUCAUUCUAAGAACAAAAAAAAUUGAUAAAAUGGUUUUCUUGUAAUGGUUGAAUUAAGUGACAUAAUUAUGA